GCGGAGUCGCCUGGCCCCCAGACUGACUGGCACAGUGGAGAAACCGCCUCGAAAACGGAAAAGCAGGUUUUCCAAAGUGCUCCACAACCUAUCAGAGAUUCCAUAUUGCUAGCUGUGGGUUCCCUUCUGCUGCAGUCAGCUUUGAAAUGGCCAUCUUCACCACAAGCUAAGCAAAAGGAGAGGUGCAUGGAUUUUCAUAAACCUGGCAGCUGUUGUGGAAACGUUUCGCUCUAAUGCUAGGACUGAAUUUGCUCUUAAAGAAAUCAUGUCCUCUGGAGGUGCUGAAGAUGACAUCCCACAGGGAGAGAGGAAAACAGUUACAGAUUUCUGUUAUCUUUUGGACAAAUCUAAACAGCUAUUCAAUGGUUUAAGAGAUUUGCCACAAUAUGGACAGAAGCAGUGGCAGUCCUACUUUGGAAGAACUUUUGAUGUUUACACCAAACUCUGGAAAUUCCAGCAGCAGCAUCGACAAGUCUUGGAUAAUCGGUAUGGCUUGAAGCGGUGGCAAAUAGGAGAAAUUGCUUCCAAAAUUGGACAGCUGUACUACCACUAUUAUUUGCGCACAUCUGAAACCAGUUAUCUGAAUGAGGCUUUCUCCUUCUACUCUGCAAUCAGACAGAGAUCGUAUUACUCUCAGGUCAAUAAGGAGGACAGGCCUGAGUUGGUGGUUAAGAAGCUACGGUACUAUGCAAGAUUUAUAGUAGUUUGUCUUCUUCUUAAUAAAAUGGAUGUUGUGAAGGAUCUGGUAAAGGAAUUAUCUGAUGAAAUUGAAGAUUAUACUCAUCGCUUUAACACUGAAGAUCAAGUGGAGUGGAACUUGGUGCUUCAAGAAGUAGCAGCUUUCAUUGAGGCAGACCCUGUGAUGGUGUUAAAUGAUGAUAACACCAUUGUUAUUACAUCUAAUCGUCUUGCUGAAACAGGAGCCCCCUUGCUGGAGCAAGGCAUGAUUGUGGGCCAGUUAUCUCUGGCCGAUGCACUCAUUAUUGGUAAUUGUAAUAAUCAGGUUAAAUUCAGUGAAUUAACUGUUGAUAUGUUCCGGAUGUUACAAGCCCUGGAAAGGGAGCCAAUGAAUUUAGCUUCCCAAAUGAAUAAACCAGGAAUGCAGGAAUCAGCUGACAAGCCCACCAGACGAGAAAACCCCCACAAGUAUCUGCUCUACAAACCGACCUUCAGCCAACUGUAUACAUUCUUAGCAGCAUCUUUUAAGGAGCUGCCUGCCAAUAGCGUGCUUCUGAUUUACCUGUCAGCCACUGGCGUUUUCCCCACAGGUCGUUCUGAUAGUGAAGGUCCUUAUGAUUUUGGAGGUGUACUUACUAAUAGUAACCGCGACAUUAUAAAUGGAGAUGCAAUUCACAAACGGAAUCAGUCCCACAAGGAAAUGCACUGCCUUCAUCCUGGAGAUCUCUACCCCUUCACAAGAAAGCCCCUGUUCAUCAUUGUGGACUCCUCCAACAGUGUCGCCUACAAGAAUUUCACAAACUUGUUUGGACAACCACUAGUCUGCUUGCUUUCUCCUACUGCAUAUCCAAAAGCUUUACAAGAUCAAUCUCAACGAGGUAGCCUCUUCACUCUCUUUUUGAACAAUCCUCUAAUGGCCUUCCUGUUUGUCUCCGGAUUGUCAAGCAUGCGUAGAGGCCUAUGGGAAAAGUGUCAAGAAUAUCUCCGAAAAAUCAACCGUGAUAUCGCCCAGCUACUGACCCAUUCACGUUCAAUAGAUCAGGCAUUUCUCCAGUUUUUUGGAGAUGAAUUUCUUCGCUUGCUUCUCACAAGAUUUAUCUUUUGUUCAGCCACCAUGAGGAUGCACAAGAUUUUUCGGGAAACUCGAAAUUACCCAGAAUCCUAUCCACAGCUGCCAAGGGAUGAAACGGUGGAGAACCCGCAUCUUCAGAAGCACAUUUUGGAAUUGGCCUCCAUCCUGGAUGUGCGGAACGUCUUUUUUGAAAAUACUAUGGAUGACUAUUAAGGAAAAAACCCUCUUGU